AAUAGGAUCCCUACUUUUUCUGCUAUCUUCUGUGUGUCUGGGGGCAGCGCUGAUCUGCUUAGAAGUUAAGACGCUCUUAACGCGGACGCUCCGCAAGUUUCAUUUCUUUCAACUGCUCUUGCUGCGCCAUCUCCAACCUGACUGUGCUCAAAUCAGUUCACCUGCGAGAAGAGAGAAGCGAAGGCGUUCAGAUCUCUUGAUACCACAGAAGUGCGAUGGAUUCUUGGAGAAUCGCUGCUUUGCUCCUCGCUAGCUGCCUUACGGCGGCAACGUCUAACCAGUUCGUUACGGAGUGUUAUACUGCAAAUGGAGAGGACUACAGAGGCCGACAGAAUCAGACCAGUCUUCAAGUGGGAAGGCCAUGUCUUUUCUGGAAUGAGACUUUCCAACAUCCCUACAAUACCCUCAAAUAUCCCAAUGGAGAAGGAGGCCUUGGACCACAUAACUUCUGCAGGAACCCAGAUGGAGAUGUUCGGCCAUGGUGUUACAUUGCAGAUCUUGAGGACGGAAUCUACUGGAAGUAUUGUGACAUUCCGACCUGUCAAAUGCCUGGUAACCUAGGCUGUUUUAAGGACAGUGGCGAUCCGACUCCUCUAUCCGGAGGCUACCAGACCUCCAACAAACUCACCAUUCAGAACUGCAUCAGCUUCUGCCGUAACCAAAGAUACAAGCUUGCCGGCAUGGAGUCAGGCUACGCUUGUUUCUGUGGUAACGACCUUGAUUAUCAUCGUCAUGGUGAUGCUCCAAGCACAGAGUGUAACCAUGUGUGUUUUGGAGACCACACCCAGCCCUGUGGAGGGGACGGACGUGUCAUAGUCUUUGACACAAAAGUAGGCGCUUGUGGAGGAAACUACACCUCGCCCUCUGCAGUGAUCUACUCUCCUGACUUCCCAGACAAAUAUAGGCCUGGCAGAGUCUGCUACUGGACUAUUCAGGUUCCAGGGGCUUCCGUCAUUCUGUUCAACUUUACAUUCUUCAAUAUCGUGGAUCAGACUGAUAUGGUGGAACUUCUGGAUGGCUACUCCAAUCAGGUGGUGGCUCGAUUCGAUGGCCGCAAUCCACCACGGGACAUCGUGAACAUCACUGCUGACUUCGUCAUUCUGUAUUUUUACUCGGACAGGAUGAACGGGGCGCAGGGAUUUUCUGUUCUUUAUCAUGCUUUGAGAAUAACAGUUGUCACACCUGUUGAAGAGGAUGAUGAUGGGUAUGAAGAUGACACCAGUACAGUAAGGCAGCAUACUGGAAGCACUACAGCAAAUCCGAACACCAGUCAGAGCGGGAAAUCCCUGCUGUACUAUGUGAUCACAUCAAGCCCUGCAAACAUGCCAGGUCAGUGGCAUGGACCGGGCCGGACCACGGGCGUCAGCACCAUGUGGACCAUCUACGCACUAGCUGCCCUGCUAACGCUAACAGUAAUAGCCAUGGUAGCUAAGCUGCUACUGCACCUUACUGUAAAGUCCCCAUCCAUUCCUUCGAUCAGCGGUUCAGAAUCAUGUGCACAGAGCACCACAUCUGAACCUUGGAUCAUCUUCUACAGACCUUCCACGAUCUCUCUGUUUAAGAAGAAACUCAAGAACCACCAUGGAGACCUCAGCCCUCUCGUGGGAAACUAAAUGCAACUCUUCUGACCUCUGCGGCUGCUUUAGCCUCCUGUAAGGAACGCAAACACUGUACGCAAUGCUAGUCUUCUGUUGCUGGGCUACGGACAGGGAGUAGACCAAUCCCUGAUUGACUUCAAAUGACCAGCGCAAGGCCCAGCCCAACAGGGUUCAUCUGUUGUUGGUAUGGAACUUUGCCAGAAAGAUACAUAAAGACCUUGAUGCCCUUGGUCAAUGUGUUUACUCUCAAUUUGCAUCUCAACCAAUCACAAAUGAUGUGACAGGUGCACAUAUAAACCAAGUGAUUUGAUUAGCAAAGGAGAUGUCUGGUUUGUGUUGGCAUUGUAGAGCAACAGACCAACUCAUUGUGGCCCAAAUAUGGCCCAACCCUUUCUCCAGGUGCUUUUGCAGAAGCGAUCAACCCCUGAUAAACGUCUUUAGAAAGGCGAGACUCCCUGUGAACCACACGGAAAGACAAAACCACUUACAUAACCAAUCUAAUGGCACUUAUUUGCCCAACCAGCCCCACGGUUUAAGUCACUCUAAUGUAGGUCAUCUCUUUUUGUGCAGCACAAAAAUUCAUUCUCCCAAGGUAAAAGAGCUGCUUGAACAAGCGGAGGAUUGAUGUCACAAUUUUGUAGAGGAGAAAGUGAUUCAGAUCUUUGAGGACUCAAAGUGAACAACAAAGACAUCUCGAGAGAGUUCGUGAGUUGACAAAUGGACUGUGAAGUACCAAAGCUUGCAAUUGCUGCAAAUUGGGCAAUGUUCAAGAUGAACUGUAGUUAAGAAAUCCCUUUGGACCUCUCAUGCCAUCGUUUUUGGUCUGUGUCGGGUUUUGAUCUUGCUGUAAUGCCUUUAAGUGCCUUCAGGACUGAAAAAACUAUUUUUUGUCUGUCUUCUAAGCUGUCACAAUGUCUCGAUGAUGUAAACAAGCAUUGAUAAUUCAGACCAUUGAAUUGCCAAUUUUUUUCGGGGGAUUUCUGGAAAUACGUGUAGUCUUGUGGGUGUUGUUGGGGCAUAUUGUUCUUGUCAGGUUUUCGACUAGAGCAAGAGAAGCAUUGUUGAUAAACAUUGUGUAAUUCAGUGUGGGAAUGAUCAAACUCCAUCUCCUUUUCAUUUCACUCCCGACGGAGGCAUUGGUGAAAUUCUUCCAAAACAAUUUGCUCUUUCUCCCCCAUCAUCACAACUUUUGCUUUCAGAUUCUGAAGCACUUUUCCAGUCAGCCAAAUACCACACAGAUCACUGCACUGCUAGCUACAAGGACUUAGGACGUUCCUAUAAAGCAGGGGUUGCAACCUAUGGCACGUGUGUCAGUAUUGGCACAAGGAGGGAUAAUUACUUGCACACCAGCAAUGGCGAGAGAGGAAUAGACUAUUUUAUUUAUAUGAAAUUCCACACCUGCAUUCCAAUCUACAUCUUGAUGUAAUCAUUCCUCAUGAUCACACAGCAUGUUUUCAUGAGCUGAAUGGGAGUCUUAACAAAAAGUUAAAAUGUGAUGAGACUGCAGUAUGCCCAACAGACUCAUGUGGCAUGUGCAAGCCAUUCGUGCAUCACAAGCUGGCAGCGCUUCACUUUCAGACAUGAUAGCUUGCAUUUUUUGCUUUAAGAACAACACGUGAUGUAAUAAGGAAAACACCACUAUUAAUCCUUGAGGUUGCCAACCCAGCAUACAGGUACACCCUCCUUAAACCAUGGUCACAUUCAAAAUUACAUGAAUCUAUUAAUAGAGAAACCAUAAACCCACAUCGUGGGGUUCAAAAAUCAGAGUUUAUUCAAAAUAUAAAGUUAACCUGGAAAUUAAUUUUUAGGAUUUUGCAGGUGCGAUUUUACAGCCAUUGACCUGGAAAAUAAAAAAUGGCACUUCGUGUCAAAAAGGUUGCUGACCCCUGCUAUAAAGGAACGCAAAACCGGUUAAGGGUCAUGACAUUUAGAUUGCAGUUUACAGCACUUGAACAGCCAUUAGUUACAGAUCAAAAUAUGAGUUGACAUGAGGGCCGUCUUACAGAAGAACUGUUAUGACCAUUUUUGUGUUCAGUGCUCGAUAUUACACUUGAUGUGUCCUAACCAGGUGCGACUUGACAACAAACAUUUUGGUUAAAGGGAUAGUUCACUCAAAUAUAAUUUAUAUCAUUUAUUCACCCUUGAGUCGGUCUCCCGUAUGACUUUCUUUCGUGGAACACAAAAGGAGAUGCAAGGCAGAAUUACCGCCUCAGUCGCCAUUCACUUUCAAUGCAUCUUUUCACAGUGAAAGUGAAUGGUGACUGAGACUGAACAUUUAGCCUAACAGCUCCAUUUCGAGUUUCGCAGAAGAAAGAAAGUCAUACGGGUUUGGAACAACAUGAUUGUGAGCAAUUUUUGGGUGAACUAUGCCUUUAAAGAAAUGUUCCUUGUUCAAUUCAAGUUGAGCUCAGUCAACAGCAUUUGUGGCAUAUUGUUGAUUACCGCAAAAAAUUAUUUUGACUCGACCCCCAAAUUGCGGUUACAGUGAGGCACUUACAAUGGAAGUGAAUGGGGCCAGUCUAUAAAUGUUAAAAUGUGUAUUGUUUCAAAAGUAUAGCCACAAGACAUAAACAUUAUACAUGUUAACCUGAUUUUAGUGUGAAAAAAUCACUUACUACCCUUUCCUGAAAAGAUAUUUCCAAUUUUACAAAUUAGUUGCCAUGACGACAUAAUGCGGUAAACCCUAUAAGCAAUUUUAUCACACUAAAAUCAUGUUAACAUGUAUAAUGUUUGUGUCUUGUGACUAUAGUUUUUAUACAGUGCGUACUUUUAAUCGUGAUUUUGACGAGGGACUAGUCAAAAGUAUUUCCUUGUCCAAAUGUCAAAACAUUACUUUAAUUUAUAGUUAUAUGUGCAAAGUUUUUAACUGAUGAGAUUUCACAAUGCCACAAAAUUAGAAGCCAAACAAUCAACACAAUGUCCCAUCGCGAAAAAAAACUGAUAUUUUAUCACAUCAAGUCUGAUUUGGGCACAAUGCUACUGCAAAAUUGUGAAGGCCUCUCAUUUCAAUGUCCAUUUGAGUGAGUACAUUCAGUAUAUAACUAAACAGCUGACCACCCAUGAAAAUGGGUGGUCAGCAAUACAUUAUUUGUGGUUAUGUCACUAUUGCCGCACUUACACAGAAAACAAAUGAACAAAAUAACCAUAUUAUGCACUUUUAUUUAUUGUAACUGAAGUAGUUAUCUUGUGCCAUGUCUUAUGAGCUACCAAAAUAUUUUUAUAAAGUUUGGACAAUGAUUAUAUCUCAACUUAUUUCACUUAUGUCUGGGAUGCUAUCAGAACAAAUCUGAAAAUGUGUGAAAUACUUUAUAACAAAAGAUCUGUAAUUGAGCAAGCUUCCCAACCUAUGUGUCAUGGUCAUUUUUCUUCUCAAUUUAAGUGUAUUUUUGGCCAUGUUGGGAUCUGCACACUGUCCUAAUUAUUGCAUAUUUAACCCCAUAGCUCUGCAGUGCCUGGGGCUGCACAUGCAUACUAUAGUGUCACCAGUCACAGACAGAAAGAGAUAAAGAGACUGUGGCUGUCAAAUCACAUAGAGACAAACUUAAAGUGACAGGUUAAAUCUAACAAGGUCAUAUGUCUGGAGAGACUUGUGAAUAAUGCAUAAUCCAGACUUCCACUUAUAUAGCACUUUUAGCAGUGGAAAAAGUGGAAAAUCCUUUUGUGGUUUAUCACAAUGUCAGAGGGCUUUCUUUCUGAGAAACCAAGAUGGGGAAUCCCUAUCAUUUUGGUAGAGGGUACUUCCAGGGAUAAUAUAAAGAUGUUGUUUUCAUGCAAUUGUAAAUAAAAUAGUUAGAAUUAUAAUUUAUACCAUAAAUUAUUUUUAUUUUGGAUGUAAAAUGGGAUACAAUCUAUCUUUUGUAUAAGUACCUUUGUAGUUUUAAUUUAAUGUGUUCUGAGUGCAAAAAUAAUAAAUAUGCAUG